CUACAAUGCUGCUAGGCAUUAUUUAUGUUCGAUCUUAGAAGGCUACAGUAGUGAUAGAGUGAAUUUAUCGCAGAUUAAAGUAGUUGAUCUAGAUGUUAGACAUAGACACCAGUGAAAAAGCACCGAUUUGGUUCCAAUUAAGGAAGAUAACAAUCAAAAAUUGAGGAAGUUUUAAGGAAGAUAAUAUUGAAAGAUUGAAGAAGCUUUAAGCUUUUAAGAAAGAUAAUAUCCAACAAAAAUGAGUUAUUUUAUCGAUCGUCCUAAAGGUCAAAUAGGAAGCACUUACAAAAAUAUCAUUCAAGAAAUUAAAAAAACAGAUGCGUUUAGCAACGAGACAGAAGAUUCUCUUCUGACGAAAAUACUUGAAGGAACGCUUGAAGAAGAAAAAUCGAUCGAAGCAUGCCGGAAACUUGUCGGUAUGAAGUCCAAGGUAGUAAAGCCGUGGCAUUUGGAAAAAAUGGUAAGAAAAUUGGACGAAUUGAAAAGUGAUAUAUCCAAAGAUUGUAAAGAACAAUUCAAGGAAUACGUAAAAGAAUUAUGCGGAAUUGAAGUGUUCCACGAUUCCGUUUCGAUGCAUAUACCAAAACCGACAAAAGAGAAGAAAGUUACGGCGUUGCACAAGGACGCAGAGAGGGUACUUGAGUAUUUGAGGAAGAGGGAUGAGUUGAACAAGAUCUUGCUUAAGGAAGAUGAUUCGGUCAAGAAAUUAGAAGAAAGUAAAGGUUUCAAUUCCGAACGCUCACGGAAGAGAAGAGAAAUCAGUUCCAAAAUGGUGGAAUUGCUUCAUGGAUUACAAGAAGUCAAGACCGGAAUAAGCCAGAUCGAGAAGGCCUUGAAAUCAUUCAACCAAUCAUCAAAGGUAGCCUAUGCCAAAGUGAUCUCAGGAAAUUUUGAGAAUAUCAAGGCGAGGUUAUUCGGUCUUGUCGAUAAGACCAAGCUAUUUGAAAACGAAUUGAAACAAUUUAUAAAAGAGGGGAAAAAAUCCUUAAAAGGUAUACCAGAUUACAUCGACGAAGAUUGCGAGGUCUGCAAUGAAAAGGAAAAGAAAUGGGACGACAGACAGACAACCAGACACCUAUGCGACCCGAUGACAGCCGAAGACGCCCGAAAUUUCCACACGAGGCUGGUGAAGAGCGGCGGGAUGAGAGGCCUCGUAGAUCAGAUCAAGAGCCUGCUCAGCUGCGAGACCACUGACACACAAAUCGCUCUCCCGACCCUCUUCUGUUCGAUGACAGAUCCCAAGAGAGCCGACGAUCUGUACAAUCUGAUAAGCGAAAAUAACUUCCUUAAAGAAUUUAGGAACGAAAUAUUUAAAAAAUCGAAGUUGCAUAAAUCUUCUAGAACCGUAAAAAAAGAAUGCAUGGUUUGUGGUGUUACGUUGAACAGGUGUUCAUUUUAGUAUCAUUCAUGAAUAUUAAAGAUUUAUAAUAAAC